AUGUUUCCCCUUGUCAGUUCUUUGGAUAAGCUGUGCUCCUGUGAUUAUCAUUCUCCCUUAAUCGAACUGUAUCGUCUGGCAGCAAUUAUUCUAAAUCAGAUGGUUGCUUGAUUUAGCGUAUCGUCAGCCCCCAACCCCUCCUGCCCCGCAAGAGAGCCACGUAUGAGUCUUAUCUUGCUCGUCAAGUUUCGUCAUUCUAAGCAAUCCACAGAGCAUUCGUAUAUAUCUGAAUAUAUUUGCAUCAGCCUUCAUGGGUCUUGUGGUUUGCAGAUGACGGUUUACUUGGCAUAUAUGCAACCGCUUUAACGCACACAGCUUUAGUCAAGCAUCAGAUCCUUGCUAGCUCGACGCACUCAUCAUGGAUCCCCUGAGCAUAAGUGCAAGUAUCAUUGCGCUCCUUCAAUUAUCCGAGAAUAUCAUCCAGCUACUUGCCGCUAUAGCUUCCCAGAACACAACAGCUCGAGCCCUGGCGCUCGAGAUUAGUGCUACCCGUGGGCUACUUACGAGUCUAUCGGAUAUCGCAUCACUUGACUCAGAAUGGAACGACAAACUUCGGGAGAUUGUAAUAGCAGAUCAGCCUCUGCAGUUAUUGGGAAAUCUCCUACGGAAGCUGGAAGCAAAUCUGGAAGAUGGGUCUCCCAGCCGACUGAGUCAGAUAGGGAGAAAGAUCAUCUGGCCCUUUAGAUUGCAGGAGUCUCAAGAGAUGAUGGAUAUGGCAAGAAAAGUGCGCGGUCUCUUAGCUGAGGCGUUGGCGUUGGAUCAUUUUCUCAUGUCGAAGGAAAUUCGACAAGACACGAAAUAUAUCCGCGAAAGCGUCCAGGACUUACAGUCAAAGCAGACUUUUGAUGAACGGGAUAGGAUUCUACCUUGGUUGUCUCCAGCCGACGUGUCCAAGAACCACAACGCUGCUAGAGCCAAACAUGAGCCCACUACGGGAGACUGGCUGAUUAACUCAGACAGCUUCAAACUCUGGAUCGGUGGAAAAUCGAAAUUGGCAUGGCUACAUGGGAUCCCUGGCUCCGGGAAGACAGUUCUCUGUUCGACUGUUAUUGAUUAUGUUCAAUCACUUUGCAAGACCCAAACCGGAUCCGAAUCUGCAUAUGUAUAUUACUACUUUGACUUCAACGACAGACAAAGGCAGACUGUAGACUGCUUCCUCAGAUCGGCUCUGGCUCAGCUUUCACGUCAAGUCGAAACUAUUCCGACGGAGGUCAAAAGGUUGUUUGACAGUGCUACUAAACAAGCAGAAGAACCCACCACAGAGAAGCUCGCAACUGCCCUCUAUGAGCUUAUCGGCAGGUUAAAGAAGACGUAUAUCAUUGUAGAUGCCCUGGAUGAGUGUUGCGAGCAAGAUGACAUGAUCGAUUUGAUGUCAACGCUCAGAGGGAGUCAUGAAUGGGUAGCAAAUCUAUUUGUCACAAGUCGCAGAGAGAGGCUGAUAGAGGAUCAGUUAACGUCUUUAACUGAUUUAUCUGUAUCUCUGGAUAACCCCGAAGUCAGUUCUGACAUUCAAACGCUGGUCAAUAAUGUUCUCGCGUCCGAUCCAAAGCUGAAGAGACGCCCGACUCUUCUAAAGGAGGAGAUUCGACGAGCGCUAGUACAAGGUGCUAACGGGAUGUUCCGGUGGGCUGCUUGCCAGUUAGAUAUUCUGAGAACUUGUCUCAGCCCAUCAGCUGUACACAAAGCCCUUCAGUCUUUGCCUAAAGACCUUGAUGAGACAUAUGGCAGAAUAUUAUGCAGCAUCGAGGAAGAAUCUCGUUCCAUCGCGUUCACAGCAUUGCAAUUCUUAACAUUCUCAACGCGUCCAGUGACGCUCGCGGAACUAGCUGAGAUUAUUGCUAUCAAACCGGGAACAAGCAUCUUCGUCGAGAUCGAUCGCCUGUUUGAUCCUAGUGAUGUUUUGGUUGUCUGUUCAAGUCUGGUUUCGUGUUACAACAGGGACCGCUGGACUCGACUAGCACACUACUCUGUUCGAGAAUAUUUGGUAUCAGACAGGAUCAGCAAAGGCCCUGCGAGAUAUUUUGCGUUGGAAGAAGGUCGCGCGCAUUUAGCUAUUGCCGAACGCUGUCUCACUUAUCUCUUAUCAUUUGAUGGAUCACCCGCUCAUAAUUCCUACGGUUCGGUAUCUGGUGACGUGGAGUUCCCCUGGAAAUUGCUCCACUAUGCCGUACUUGAAUGGUUUACUCAUGUCCGUUUCAUCCCUACAGAGAGCUAUCAACUUAUUGAACCAUUAGUCUACGGUCUCCUUGAUACAAAAUCCCAAGCCUUUCACCACUGGCUAAGUUUGUAUCGAAAGUUAUAUCGAAAGGAAGAUGGCGAAGUUGGAUUGGGCACUACACUACAUUAUGCCGCUGAGCUAGGUCUAUCCCGCACAGUACGUAGCCUUCUACAGGCAGGGGCCGAUAUCAACGCCAUCGGAGGUAUGCAUGGCUCAGUACUCGCGGCUGCGGCUUUCCAAGGAUACGAAGAGACCGUGCUCGUCGUCCUUGACCACGGUGCUGACGUCAACCUUCGCGGAGGACACUUUGAUACAGCUUUACAAAGCGCGUGCGUCAAUCGUCGAGAGAUAAUAUUCCAUCACCUCCUCGAAAAGGGCGCGGAUAUCAAUGCUUCUGGAGGAUAUUAUGGCUGCGCUCUCCAGGCGGCCGCCGCUAGAGGAUGGCCAGAAGCCGCUAUGAAACUGAUAGAAAUGGGCGCUGAUGUUAACAUCGUUGCGGGUCAAUUUGGAACUCCCUUGCAAGCCGCCGCACGAUAUGGGCACAUGUCACUGGUUAAAAGGCUCUUGGAAAGAGGUGCAGAUGUCAACUCGACAGGAGGAUACUACCGUACAGCUCUUCAGGCUGCUGCAAGGGGCGGGCAUGUCGAGAUCAUCCACGAAUUGCUAAACCACGGAGCAGACGUGCAUAUCAAAGGAGGCUUUUGUGGUACCGCGCUCGAAGCGGCCUAUUCGCUCGAUCAUUUUGACGCUGCAGAGGCGUUGAAGACAGCGGGUGCUACUUUUACACAAAGUAACUUAAAGUCUUCAUCAGAUGGGGAUACGCUUCCCACGACGUCACCAGCUAAAGGUGAUGUCUGAUAUUUUAAAAUGUCAAAUAUUGGCUUUUAUACCCGACAUCAGAAUUUUCAUCUUCUCGACCACAACCUCUGCGUCCUUGUCUUCCAUGGUCUCGAAUGGAACCAAGUCAAAAUGAAACUCGUUAUGGAAACGAUGAAUGUCGUUGCGGACUUACGAAAGACUCACUGGUCCAUUUUCUUUGAAUGGACUUCGAUGCUCAUAUCUCACGAUGCAAGAACAUAUAAUAUAGA